GAUGGCUCGCUUCGGGGAGGCGGUGGUCGGCAGGCCGGGGUCUGGCGAUGGAGACUCGGACCAGAGCAGAAACCGGCAAGGAACCCCCGUGCCGGCCUCGGGGCCGGCGGCCGCCUACAAGCAGUCGAAAGCGCAGAGGGCGCGGACUAUGGCUUUGUACAACCCCAUUCCCGUCCGGCAGAACUGUUUCACCGUCAACAGAUCACUAUUCAUCUUCGGAGAAGAUAACAUUGUCAGGAAAUACGCCAAGAAGCUCAUCGAUUGGCCGCCCUUUGAGUACAUGAUCCUGGCCACCAUCAUCGCCAACUGCAUCGUCCUGGCCCUGGAGCAGCAUCUUCCUGAGGACGACAAGACCCCGAUGUCCCGCAGGCUGGAAAAGACGGAGCCGUAUUUCAUUGGGAUCUUUUGCUUUGAAGCUGGGAUCAAAAUCGUGGCCCUGGGGUUCAUCUUCCAUAAGGGCUCGUACCUCCGCAAUGGCUGGAACGUCAUGGACUUCAUCGUGGUUCUCAGCGGCAUCCUGGCCACGGCGGGAACCCACUUCAACACACACGUGGACCUGCGGACCCUCCGGGCCGUGCGCGUCCUGAGGCCCCUGAAGCUCGUGUCCGGGAUACCCAGCCUGCAGAUCGUGCUGAAGUCCAUCAUGAAGGCCAUGGUGCCCCUCCUGCAGAUCGGCCUCCUGCUCUUCUUCGCCAUCCUGAUGUUCGCCAUCAUCGGCUUGGAGUUCUACAGUGGGAAGCUGCACCGCGCGUGCUUCAUGAACAAUUCAGGUAUCCUAGAAGGCUUUGACCCCCCUCACCCGUGUGGCGUGCAGGGCUGUCCUGCUGGUUACGAGUGCAGGGACUGGAUCGGCCCCAACGACGGGAUCACGCAGUUUGAUAACAUCCUUUUUGCUGUGCUGACUGUCUUCCAGUGCAUCACCAUGGAAGGGUGGACCACCGUGCUGUACAAUACCAAUGAUGCCUUAGGAGCCACCUGGAAUUGGCUAUACUUCAUCCCCCUCAUCAUCAUUGGAUCCUUCUUUGUUCUCAACCUAGUGCUGGGAGUGCUUUCCGGGGAAUUUGCCAAAGAGAGAGAAAGAGUGGAGAACCGGAGAGCUUUCAUGAAGCUGCGACGCCAGCAGCAGAUUGAGCGAGAGCUGAAUGGGUACCGCGCCUGGAUAGACAAAGCGGAGGAAGUCAUGCUUGCCGAAGAAAAUAAAAACGCUGGAACGUCAGCCUUAGAAGUGCUUCGGAGGGCCACCAUCAAACGCAGCCGGACGGAGGCCAUGACGCGGGACUCCAGUGACGAGCACUGUGUCGAUAUCUCCUCCGUGGGCACCCCUCUCGCCCGCGCCAGCAUCAAAAGCACAAAAGUGGACGGGGCCUCCUACUUCCGGCACAAGGAGAGGCUCCUGCGCAUCUCUAUCCGCCACAUGGUCAAAUCCCAGGUCUUUUACUGGAUUGUGCUGAGCCUGGUGGCUCUCAACACCGCCUGCGUGGCCAUCGUCCAUCACAACCAGCCCCAGUGGCUCACCCACCUCCUCUACUAUGCAGAAUUUUUGUUUCUGGGACUCUUCCUCUUGGAGAUGUCCCUGAAGAUGUACGGCAUGGGGCCUCGCCUCUAUUUUCACUCUUCAUUCAACUGCUUUGAUUUCGGGGUCACAGUGGGCAGUAUCUUUGAAGUGGUCUGGGCAAUCUUCAGGCCUGGUACAUCGUUUGGAAUCAGUGUCUUGCGAGCUCUUCGGCUUCUAAGAAUAUUUAAAAUAACGAAGUACUGGGCAUCCCUGCGGAAUUUGGUGGUCUCCUUGAUGAGUUCCAUGAAGUCUAUCAUCAGUUUGCUCUUCCUCCUCUUCCUCUUCAUCGUUGUCUUCGCUCUCCUAGGAAUGCAGCUGUUCGGAGGCAGGUUCAAUUUUAAUGAUGGGACGCCUUCGGCAAACUUUGACACUUUCCCUGCGGCCAUCAUGACUGUGUUCCAGAUCCUGACGGGCGAGGACUGGAAUGAGGUGAUGUACAACGGGAUCCGCUCCCAGGGCGGUGUCAGCUCAGGCAUGUGGUCAGCGAUCUAUUUCAUCGUGCUCACCUUAUUUGGAAACUACACGCUGCUGAACGUGUUCUUGGCUAUCGCUGUGGACAAUCUGGCCAAUGCGCAGGAGCUGACCAAGGAUGAGCAGGAGGAAGAGGAGGCCUUCAACCAGAAGCACGCGCUGCAGAAGGCCAAGGAGGUCAGCCCGAUGUCCGCGCCCAACAUGCCCUCCAUCGAAAGAGACAGAAGGAGAAGACACCACAUGUCGAUGUGGGAGCCACGCAGCAGCCACCUGAGGGAGCGGAGGCGCCGCCACCACAUGUCAGUGUGGGAGCAGCGCACCAGCCAGCUGAGGAGGCACAUGCAGAUGUCCAGCCAGGAGGCCCUCAACAAAGAAGAGGCCCCGCCCAUGAACCCGCUCAACCCCCUCAACCCGCUGAGUCCCCUCAACCCGCUCAACGCCCACCCCAGCCUCUACCGGAGAGCCCGGCCCAUCGAGGGCCUGGGCCUGGGCCUGGGCCUGGGCCUGGAGAAGUGCGAGGAGGAGCGCAUCAGCCGCGGGGGGUCCCUCAAGGGCGACAGCGGGGACCUCUCCAGUGCCCUGGACAACCAGAGGAGCCCCUUGGCCCUGGGCAAACGCGAGCCGCCGUGGCUGGCCAGGCCCUGCCAUGGGAACUGUGACCCGACCCAGCAGGAGGCCGGGGGAGGGGAGACUGUGGUGACCUUCGAGGACCGGGCCAGGCACAGGCAGAGCCAGCGGCGCAGCCGGCACCGCCGAGUCAGGACGGAAGGCAAGGAGCCCUCCUCCGCCUCCCAGAGCCGAUCUGCCAGCCAGGAACGGAGUCUGGAGGAUGGCGUGCCCACCGAGGGGGACAAGGACCGUGAGCCCAGGGGCAGCCAUGGCGGCAAGGAGCCCACGAUCCAGGAAGAAGAGAGAGGCCAGGACCUGAGAAGGACCAACAGUCUGAUGGUGCCCAGAGGCUCCGGGCUGGCGGGGGCCCUUGAUGAGGCUGACACACCCCUCGUCCUGCCCCAAGCAGAGCUGGAGGCGGGGACGGCGCCAGCGGAGCGGGAGCCUGAGGGCAGCAGCGAGCAGGCCCUGCUGGGGGACGUGCAGCUGGACGUGGGCCGGGGCAUCAGCCAGAGCGAGCCCGACCUGUCCUGCGUCACAGCCAACACGGACAAGGCUGCCACUGAGAGCACCAGCGUCACGGUGGCCAUCCCCGACGUGGACCCCUUGGUGGACUCGACUGUGGUGCACAUUAGCAACAAGACGGACGGCGAGGCCAGUCCCCUGAAGGAGGCAGAGAUCAAAGAGGAGGAGGAGGAGGAGGUGGAGAAGAAGAAGCCGAAGAAAGAGAAGCGGGAGGGCAAAGCCAUGGUGCCCCACAGCUCCAUGUUCAUCUUCAGCACCACCAACCCGGUCCGCAGGGCCUGCCACUACAUCGUGAACCUGCGCUACUUCGAGAUGUGCAUUCUCCUGGUGAUCGCGGCCAGCAGCAUCGCCUUGGCAGCCGAGGACCCCGUCCUGACCAACUCGGAACGCAACAGAGUGCUGAGGUAUUUCGACUAUGUUUUCACUGGCGUGUUCACCUUUGAGAUGGUUAUUAAGAUGAUAGACCAGGGCUUGAUUCUGCAAGACGGGUCCUACUUCAGAGACCUGUGGAACAUCCUAGACUUUGUGGUGGUGGUUGGUGCCCUGGUGGCCUUUGCCUUGGCGAAUGCUUUGGGCACCAACAAGGGGCGGGACAUCAAGACCAUCAAGUCUCUGCGGGUGCUCCGAGUUCUGCGGCCGCUGAAGACCAUCAAGCGCUUGCCCAAGCUCAAGGCUGUCUUCGAUUGCGUGGUGACCUCCCUGAAGAACGUCUUCAACAUCCUCAUUGUCUACAAGCUCUUCAUGUUCAUCUUCGCCGUGAUCGCAGUCCAGCUUUUCAAGGGGAAGUUCUUCUAUUGCACCGACAGCUCCAAGGACACGGAGAAGGAGUGCAUAGGCAACUAUGUGGAUCAUGAGAAAAACAAGAUGGAGGUGAAAGGUCGGGAAUGGAAGCGCCACGAAUUCCACUACGACAACAUCAUCUGGGCCCUGCUGACCCUCUUCACCGUCUCCACGGGGGAAGGAUGGCCGCAAGUCCUGCAGCACUCUGUUGACGUGACGGAGGAGGACCGAGGCCCGAGCCGCAGCAACCGCAUGGAGAUGUCCAUCUUCUACGUGGUCUACUUCGUGGUCUUCCCUUUCUUCUUCGUCAACAUCUUUGUGGCCCUCAUCAUCAUCACCUUCCAGGAGCAAGGGGACAAGAUGAUGGAGGAGUGCAGCCUGGAGAAGAACGAGAGGGCGUGCAUCGACUUCGCCAUCAGCGCCAAGCCUCUCACCCGCUACAUGCCGCAGAACAGGCACACCUUCCAGUACCGCGUCUGGCACUUCGUGGUGUCCCCGUCCUUCGAGUACACCAUCAUGGCCAUGAUCGCCUUGAACACCAUCGUGCUGAUGAUGAAGUACUACUCUGCUCCCUGCACUUACGAACUGGCCCUGAAGUACCUGAAUAUCGCCUUCACCAUGGUGUUUUCCUUGGAGUGUGUCCUGAAGAUCAUCGCCUUCGGCUUCUUGAACUAUUUCCGGGACACCUGGAACAUCUUUGACUUCAUCACCGUGAUCGGCAGCAUCACAGAAAUCAUUCUGACGGACAGCAAGCUGGUGAACACCAGUGGCUUCAAUAUGAGCUUUCUGAAGCUCUUCCGCGCCGCCCGCCUCAUCAAGCUCCUGCGUCAGGGCUACACCAUCCGUAUCUUACUGUGGACCUUCGUGCAGUCCUUCAAGGCCCUGCCCUAUGUCUGCCUGCUGAUCGCCAUGCUUUUCUUCAUCUACGCCAUCAUUGGGAUGCAGGUGUUUGGAAAUAUAAAGUUAGACGAGGAGAGUCACAUCAACCGGCACAACAACUUCCGGAGUUUCUUCGGGUCCCUCAUGCUCCUCUUCAGGAGCGCCACCGGCGAGGCCUGGCAGGAGAUAAUGCUGUCGUGCCUCGGGGAGAAAGGCUGUGAGCCCGACACCACGGCACCGUCGGGGCAGAACGAGAAUGAGCGCUGCGGCACCGACCUGGCCUACGUUUACUUUGUCUCCUUCAUCUUCUUCUGCUCCUUCUUGAUGCUCAACCUGUUCGUGGCCGUCAUCAUGGACAACUUUGAGUACCUGACCCGGGACUCGUCCAUCCUGGGGCCUCACCACUUGGACGAGUUUGUCCGCGUCUGGGCAGAGUACGACCGAGCUGCAUGUGGCCGCAUCCAUUACACUGAGAUGUAUGAAAUGCUGACUCUCAUGUCACCACCGCUAGGCCUCGGCAAGAGAUGUCCCUCCAAAGUGGCAUAUAAGAGGUUGGUCCUGAUGAACAUGCCUGUCGCCGAGGACAUGACAGUCCACUUCACCUCCACCCUGAUGGCUCUGAUCCGCACAGCCCUGGACAUCAAAAUUGCCAAAGGCGGCGCUGACAGGCAGCAGCUGGAUUCGGAGCUGCAGAAGGAGACCCUUGCCAUCUGGCCUCACCUGUCCCAGAAGAUGCUGGAUCUGCUUGUGCCCAUGCCUAAAGCCUCUGACCUAACUGUGGGCAAAAUCUAUGCGGCAAUGAUGAUCAUGGACUACUAUAAGCAGAGUAAGGUGAAGAAGCAGAGGCAGCAGCUGGAGGAACAGAAAAACGCCCCCAUGUUCCAGCGCAUGGAGCCCUCGUCUCUGCCUCAGGAGAUCAUCGCCAAUGCCAAAGCUCUGCCUUACCUCCAGCAGGAGCCCGUCACAGGCCUGAGUGGCCGGAGUGCUUACCCUUCGAUGAGUCCGCUCUCCCCACAGGAAAUAUUCCAGCUGGCAUGCAUGGACCCUGCUGAUGAGGGACAGUUCCAGGAGGAGCAGUCUCUGGAGCCAGAGUUUAGUGAAUUAAAAAGCGUGCAGCCCUCUAACCAUGGCAUCUACCUUCCUCCGGACACCCAGGAGCAUGCGGGAUCUGGGAGGGCAUCCUCUUUGCCACGCCUGACUGUGGAUCCCCAGGUGGUAACAGACCCCAGCUCCAUGAGACGUUCCUUUUCCACCAUCCGGGAUAAGCGUUCAAAUUCCUCUUGGCUGGAGGAGUUCUCCAUGGAGCGAAGCAGUGAAAACACCUACAAGUCCCGUCGCCGGAGCUACCACUCCUCCCUGCGGCUGUCGGCCCACCGCCUGAACUCGGACUCGGGCCACAAGUCCGACACCCACCGCUCGGGGGGCCGGGAGCGGGGACGAUCAAAAGAGCGAAAGCAUCUUCUCUCCCCCGACGUCUCCCGCUGCAACUCAGAGGAGCGCGGGGCCCAGGCCGACUGGGAGUCCCCAGAGCGCCAUCAGUCCAGGUCUCCCAGCGAGGGCAGGUCGCAUACGCCCAGCAGACCGGGCACGGGCUCCUUGAGUGAAAGCUCCAUCCCCUCCGUCUCUGACACCAGCACCCCAAGACGAAGUCGUCGGCAGCUCCCCCCAGUCCCUCCAAAGCCUCGGCCCCUCCUCUCCUACAGCUCCCUGAUCCGACACGCAGGGAGCACCUCUCCCCCCGCCGAUGGCAGCGAGGGCGGCUCCCCGCUGACCUCCCAAGCUCUGGAGAGCGAAGACGCCGGCCUGCCCGAGGCUCCCAGGUCCCGGCACGCACAGCACGGCCACCCCUCCCCGCAGCGCUACAUCUCCGAGCCCUACCUGGCCCUGCACGAAGACUCCCACGCCUCGGACUGUGGCGAGGAGGAGACGCUCACGUUCGAAGCGGCCGUGGCCACCAGCCUGGGCCGUGCCAACACCAUCGGCUCAGCCCCACCCCUGCGGCACAGCUGGCAGAUGCCCAAUGGGCACUAUCGGCGGCGGCGGCGUGGAGGGCCAGGGCCGGGCACGAUGUGUGGAGCCGUCAGCGACCUCCUGAGUGACACAGAAGAAGAUGACAAGUGCUAG